CGCGCACCGCCCCGAAGCCCGGAGUCCUGCCGCUCCCGGGCCCUAGCGUCCCUCCGCUCUGCUAGGCGCGCCCUGCAGGGUGCUCUCCAACUUUCCUCCCCCGACACCGCCACAGCGCGGCAGGACCCAUCGCCCCAGGCGGCGGCAGUAGCGGCAGCGACUUCUGGGAGCCCGAGCCUUCGCGGCGCCCCCGUCCCUCCCCCGCCGCACCCCGCCCCGGCGCGAGAGGAGAGCGCGAGAGCCCGAGCCGCGGGCGGGCGGGCGGCGAAGAUGGCAGAGGCACCGGCCUCCCCGGCCCCGCUCUCUCCGCUCGAAGUGGAGCUGGACCCGGAGUUCGAGCCCCAGAGCCGGCCGCGCUCCUGUACGUGGCCCCUGCAGAGGCCAGAGCUCCAGGGGAGCCCAGCCAAACCCUCGGGGGAGACGGCCGCCGAUUCCAUGAUCCCCGAAGAGGAGGACGAUGAAGACGACGAGGACGGCAGCGGUAGGGCCGGUUCGGCCAUGGCGAUCGGCGGCGGCGGGAGCGGCGCGCUAGGCUCCGGGCUGCUCCUUGAAGACUCGGCCCGGUUGCUGGCUCCCGGAGGGCAGGACCCCGGCUCCGGGCCAGCCCCGGCGGCAGGCGCGCUGAGCGGGGGGACGCAGACGCCGCUGCAGCCUCAGCAGCCACUGCCGCCGCCGCAGCCGGGGGCGGCUGGGGGCUCGGGGCAGCCGAGGAAAUGCUCGUCGCGGCGGAACGCCUGGGGGAACCUGUCCUACGCGGACCUGAUCACUCGCGCCAUCGAGAGCUCGCCGGACAAGCGGCUCACUCUGUCCCAGAUCUACGAGUGGAUGGUGCGCUGCGUGCCCUACUUCAAGGAUAAGGGUGACAGCAACAGCUCUGCGGGGUGGAAGAACUCGAUCCGACACAACCUGUCAUUGCACAGCCGGUUCAUGCGGGUCCAGAAUGAGGGGACCGGCAAGAGCUCUUGGUGGAUCAUCAACCCUGAUGGGGGAAAGAGUGGGAAGGCGCCCCGGCGGCGGGCUGUGUCCAUGGACAACAGCAACAAGUAUACCAAGAGCCGUGGCCGCGCAGCCAAGAAGAAGGCCGCCCUGCAGACAGCCCCUGAGUCAGCCGAUGACAGUCCUUCCCAGCUCUCCAAGUGGCCAGGCAGCCCCACUCACGCAGCAGCGAUGAGCUGGAUGCGUGGACGGACUUCCGCUCGCGCACCAAUUCCAACGCCAGCACUGUCAGUGGCCGCCUGUCCCCCAUCUUGGCGCACAGAGUUGGAUGACGUCCAGGAUGAUGACGCACCGCUCUCCCCCAUGAUCUACAGCUCAGCUAGCCUCUCACCCUCUGUAAGUAAGCCAUGCACUGUGGAGCUACCACGGCUGACCGACAUGGCGGGCACCAUGAAUCUGAAUGAUGGGCUGUCUGACAACCUCAUGGAUGACCUACUGGAUAACAUCACGCUCCCAUCGUCCCAGCCAUCGCCCACUGGAGGGCUCAUGCAGCGAAGCUCUAGCUUCCCGUACACCACCAAGGGCUCCGGCCUGGCUUCUCCAACUGGCUCCUUUAACAGCACGGUGUUUGGACCCUCAUCUCUGAAUUCCCUGCGCCAGUCUCCCAUGCAGACCAUCCAAGAGAACAAGCCAGCUACUUUCUCGUCCAUGUCACACUAUGGCAACCAGACACUCCAGGACCUGCUCACUUCAGAUUCACUCAGCCACAGCGAUGUCAUGAUGACCCAGUCAGACCCCUUGAUGUCUCAGGCCAGCACCGCUGUGUCUGCCCAGAACUCCCGCCGGAACGUGAUGCUUCGAAAUGACCCAAUGAUGUCCUUUGCCGCCCAGCCUAACCAGGGGAGUUUAGUCAAUCAGAACUUGCUCCACCACCAGCACCAAACCCAGGGCGCUCUCGGUGGUAGCCGUGCCUUGUCGAAUUCUGUCAGCAACAUGGGCUUGAGCGACUCCAGCAGUCUUGGGUCAGUUAAACACCAGCAACAGUCUCCUGUCAGCCAGUCUAUGCAAACCCUCUCGGACUCUCUCUCAGGCUCCUCCUUGUACUCUGCGAGUGCAAACCUUCCCGUCAUGGGCCAUGAGAAGUUCCCCAGCGACUUGGACCUGGACAUGUUCAAUGGGAGCUUGGAAUGUGACAUGGAGUCCAUUAUCCGUAGCGAACUCAUGGAUGCUGAUGGGUUGGAUUUUAAUUUUGAUUCCCUCAUGUCCACACAGAAUGUUGUUGGUUUGAACGUGGGGAACUUCACUGGUGCUAAGCAGGCCUCAUCUCAGAGCUGGGUGCCAGGCUGAAGAAUCACUGAGGAAAGGGGAAGUGGGCAAAGCAGACCCUCAAACUGACACAAGACCUACAGAGAAACCCUUUGCCAAAUCUGCUCUCAGCAAGUGGACAGUGAUACCGUUUACAGCUUAACACCUUUGUGAAUCCCGCACCAUUUUCCUAACCCAGCAGAGACUGUUAAUGGCCCCUUACCCCGGGUGAAGCACUUACCCUUGGAACAGAACUCUCUAUAUAAAGUAUGCAAAAUCUUCCUUGUACAGGGUCAUGAGCCACCUGCCAGCGAAGGACGGCACCCUGUCAGCACCACCCACCCUCGUUCGGAGCACGCCGUGAGCUCCUGUUGGCGACUCUGUGGUGUAUUCAUAUCACGAUGGUUUAUGGGAUGUUUUAAGUGUCGUUUUUUGUGUUUGUUUUCCUUUGACUUUCUGAGUUUUUCACAUGCAUUAACUUGCAGUAUUUUUAUGUUAAAAUGUUAAUCAUCCUUCCCCUGGCAAAUUUAAAAACAGAAGGAAAAUGUUGUACCAGUUACUAGUCUAGCUUUGGGCAUCACAAGCAUUUGAGCUCUUGGAACUCCAUAAACUAACAAAUUACAUAAACCAGAGGGGGAUUUUCUUUCUUCUUUUGUUCGGUAGAAAACUAUCCUUUUCUAAAAACCGAACAGUGGCACAACUGUUUGCCGUGCGCACCAGUCCAGGACUGACCCCUGCACAGGCCCAACGAAUGGAGUGCUGCAUGCGACCCAGUGUGUUUUCGUUCUGAGUCGGGGCUGGGGUCGGGGGGACCCCCAGCCCCUGGUCUGCAGUUCCAGAGCAGUCGGGCCUCUGGUCCCCUGGCAUUAUCCUCAGCUAAUGCAGUGAAUAGUGAUGGUGUGCUGGUUAGAAAUUAGGGUCUUUUCAAGAAAUAAGUCUGCUCAGCUGCCCACUCAUUGCCAAAUGCCACUAAGGGAUUUAGUUUUAAGGAGAAAGG